CUCAUGCAGUAUCAGUCACCGAGUGGAAAACCUCAGCCUAACGCAAUGCCAGCCAAGUUGGUCGUAGUACUCGCCCUCGUGGCCGCAGCUCAGUGCUCAGUGGUAGCGCCAGUGGCGCGAGUAGACGCCGACUACAGCAGCUUCGCGUACGACGUGGCCGACCCCAACACCGGCGACUACAAGAGCCAGGUGGAGACCCGCGUGGGCGGCGCCGUGUCCGGCCAGUACUCGCUGCUGGACGCGGACGGCACCAAGCGCACCGUCGACUACACCGCCGAUGACGUCAACGGCUUCAACGCCGUCGUGCGCAAGGAUGUCUCCGCCCCCGUCGUAGCCGCGCCCGCCGUGGUAGCUGCCGCUCCUGCCGUGGUUGCUGCCCGCACUGUCGCCGCUCCUGCCGUGGUUGCCGCUCGCACUGUAGCCGCCCCCGUCGUCCACACCGUCGCCGCUCCAGCGGUUGUUGCUGCCCGCACCGUGGCUGCUCCCGCCGCCGUAGUAGCGCGCACUUACGCCGCUGCACCCGCGUACUACACCGCCGCCCGUGCCGUGGCUGCACCCGCGGUGUACGCUGCGACCGCUCCCGUUGUCGCUGCACGCACUGUUGCUGCCCCCGUCGCGUACACCGCCGGUACCCCUGUUGCGUACACCGCCGGUGCCCCCGUCGCGUACACCGCUGGUGCUCCUGUAGCGUACACCGCUGGCGCGUACACGACCGGUGCUCACGCCGUGGUGGGUCCCUCAGUGUUCGCCGCCCGCGCUGUGGCUGCCCCCGCGGUUUACUCUCGCGCCUACGGCCCCGCCUACUACAGAUCUCCUCUCAGCUACGCUGCCUACUCCGCUCCCGUAUCAUACUGGUAAACUCGAUAGCCUUGCUCGGCUCCUUAGCGAUAGACCACGACGUGUUUCAUUAUCGAACAACAUGUAAAUAUUGUCACUAGUUUGUACAUACAUGUAUUAAAAUAAAACGAAUACAUAAAAUAA